UGGUGUAGACGGCUUACGGACCACGUCUCAUCUGGAAAUGAGAGUGGGGGGUCAACUGAGCCAGCAAAUCGGAACACCCCAACGCUCCCUCCUCUUCAAUUCCCCCAACAACGACUCCGUCCAAACUGAACUUAUUCCGGCGAACUCAUGACGACCGACGACCACAACAAGUCCGACGCCAAGGUCUGGAAGCUUUGGCCUUUCUGCCACUCCGGAACCUCAUCUUCAUCACCCUCUUCCACUCAGAACCUCAACUCUGCACGCCGUGACGGUGUUAGAUCCUCUACCUCGGCCACCUCUAUCUCUCUCUCUUCCGUUGCUAGAUCCUUCCUCCCUGCUCACCGUCGCCUGCGCCUCGAUCCAGCUAAUAAUCUAUAUUUUCCUUAUGAACCAGGAAAGCAGACGAGGAGUGCUGUUAGGAUUAAGAACAAUAGCAAAUCUUAUGUAGCUUUUAAGUUUCAAACAACAUCACCAAAGAGCUGUUAUAUGCGACCUCCGGGAGGUAUUCUUGUGCCUGGUGAAAACAUUAUUGUCACUGUCUUCAAAUUUGUGGAGCAUCCAGAGAAAAACGAAAAACCGCCCUUGGAUAAAAAAAGCAAGGUCAAGUUCAAGAUCUUGAGCUUGACAAUAAAAAAAGGUGCAGACUAUGUGCCAGAGCUGUUUGAAGAGCAAAAAGAUAAAGCAACUGUUGAGCGAGUUUUGAGAGUGGUUUUCCUGGACCCAGAACGCCCUUCUUCGGCACUGGAUAAGUUGAAGCGCCAGUUGGCCGAAGCUGAUGCUGCUACAGAAGCUUACAAGAAACCUGUGGUCGAUACAGGUCCAAAAGUUGUGGGAGAAGGUCUUGUAAUUGAUGAAUGGAAGGAGCGACGAGAAAAAUAUCUAGCGCGUCAACAAAUCGAAGAAGUGGAAUCAAAGUAGAAACCCGUUAAUCCAAAACCACCCAUUUUGUGCGACCCUUUGCUAAUGUGAUUGGAGAAGGGUAGUGUUCCGCAUCAUGUAUAGUUUGCAUAAUAAUGUGAUUUGGGAUUACUCCGUACUAUCUCAUGUGUGCUGAAAUGGAUCUUAUGAGUAAGAAUGAGCUUUUCUAGCACGUAGGUAUUCUUUUUGGAUAUUAGUACUCCCUUCAAAAAACCACAACCAUGACUGAAAUUUUUAUUUUCAAGAAUGCACCUGUAUGUUUGUAAUCAAAUGUGUAGUACAUUACAGACUGAUUCUGUACUCUGAGCUUUGGAUGUAGUGUAAGAUUGUCUUUAUUGAUUAAAUGCUUGUCCUGUUGAAAGUGACCUAAUUUUUGAAUAAAUUUCUUGU